UCUAGCGGAUAUGGAAAUUCAUAAUUUGGGUUGUCUUUGAAAGGAAACAAUUUCAGGUUAUAUCAUUGAUGCGUCAGUAUCAUCAACAAAUCCACGAAUGGAUCGGUUUACGAACUGACUGAGUGACCUCAGCUCCUCCCCUCCAUAUUGAGUGCUUGAACGCUUCAGACCCUGUCUUAUUCACUUGCAUGUGACAUGGUGCAACAAGGAAUGGAUCACAUUCGGCGGGAGGAAUGGUUUCAAAAGACCGGAGUGGUUUGAUUGCCUUGGCUAGGGGAGUACAUAUUGAAAUUAUUGAUGAUCCACCAAUAGUAGAACUAUUAGUGGUCCGCAAGGCUAUCCAAUGUUGACUAGAUUGUGGCCUCUCACAUGUUCGUUUUGAAGGGGACGCAAAGGUGGUCAUUGACAAGAUAAACCAGGCCGAUAAAAAAGAUUAUCACUUUGGAGCCAUUCUCGAGGAAGUUCUUUGUUUGUUGGCAAUCCAUAAUGGUCUUAGCUAGCGUAGGAUUUGUAGGUCAAGUAAGCAAUGAAGUAGCCCACUUGGUGGUUAGAAAGACUAUUUAUAGCCGACUAUGUGUCGUUCUUUUUAUUUUCUGUCCUGGUUGUAUACCAGGGGGUAAUGUGUUUACUAUCUUUUUUAAUCGAUACAAGUUAAUCUUUUAUAAUAAAAAAAACCAAAUGCGCCAAAAACCAUAAAAUAAUAUUCAAAACCAAUCAAACAUAAAUAAAACGACAAACUAGUCCAAAUACAUAAAUCACCCAAACUGGGUUUCUAACAAUUUGUUAGAGAAGCCGAAAACGAACAAUAUUAUCGGUAGUUUAACUCUAGAUUGAAAUAUAAUGAAAAAAGGUAAAAAAAAAAAAUUAAAAUCGUUUAUUUUGCUUAUUUUGUUAAUUGUCUUUCACUCUCUCACACGUUCUAUUUCCUUUCCUUUCACCCUUCUCCACAACACGCUCUCACCUUCCAUUUAUAUCUCUGCGUUAUCAAUCUAUCAAAUGCUGGUAGCUCGACAACAAAGCAUAGUAAGCAAUUUCUUCGGAUGCCCGACAAUGGCGGAACCGGGUAACUUGGAACCCUCCACCCAUCCCCUUCAUCACGAGGGAAAGACCAAACCUUAUAUUUUUUCUCUUUCCUCUCAACGGUCCGCCAUCUCCUACUACCAAGCUACGGUAGCAUCUCACCUCCUAACUUCCAUUCUUCUUCUUUUCACCCCUCUCCCUUCUUCCUUCCUCCCCGUCUUUAAUGGGUUUUCUCAAUUUGUGUUCUUAACUUCCGAAACUCCAUCUUUCCCGUUUCGUCGCCCUCUUUUCACUGAACUGAUCCGCCAUAGUCGUCGUCCUCUGUUUUUCUUUUCUUCCUCUAGGAACAGAGUUGAUCACGUUUUUUUUUUUGUGUGUAAUUCACGAAAUCUUAUUCAAUUGUUGAUGGAUCUCAUCAUCCAUUCCCAAUGCCGUCCAGGGGACACCCAAAAGAUUUUGAUCUCUUGGGAUUCACCAAGCUAGAAAGCAAAAACAAUUCUUCAUUGAAAAAUAAGAUAAUGGCGUGUUUGCCAGUCGGUAUGGGGCAAGCGACGACUUCUUCUCCACCGCCUGAUCUUCCACUCCCACCUCCUCCUUCUGGCCAGAUUCCCAGGCUACCGGAUGGAAGCAAAGGCACCGAUCAGUGCAGUACCAGCGGCAGCACCAAGGGGGGAUUUGGUUCCCCUGAGACGUCGCCGGAGGCCGAAAAGGGUGACACUUUGGGGAACAUGAACCAGUUCAGUAGUGUAGGAAAGCCGCCCAGAAAUGUAUCCGCUAUGCGCCACUGUAGCAGCUCUGUUUUCUUGCCUGAUUCUGAAUCAGAUAUGGGAAUGGGCGGGUUGAAAUCUCCAGGUUCAUCAUCAACAUCAAAUGACAAGACGCAGUCCUCGUUCGAGCCAUGGUUUCGUUCAGGAAGUUGGUCGGAGAAAGGCCCCAAACAGUUCAUGGAAGACGAGUUCAUUUGCGUCGAUGAUCUGCAGCAACAUAUCCACCAUCUCUUUGGGUCUACUACUUCUGCAGCAAGUAACGACAGCGACAGCAGCCAUAAGUACAAGGAGCUGCCUUCACCAUCCGCAGCAUUUUAUGGGAUCUUUGAUGGGCAUGGAGGGGUGGACGCGGCGUCGUUUGCAAGGAAGAACAUGCUGGAAUUCAUAUUGGAAGACUCGCAGUUCCCAAGUGGGACGAAGAAGGCGGUGAGGAAUGCGUUUGUGAAGGCCGACCAUGCGCUCGCCGAUGCCAAAACUGUCGACACUUCCUCUGGCACCACCGCCCUCACUGCUCUUAUUCUCGGCAGGAGGAUGUUGAUCGCGAAUGCUGGAGAUUCGCGAGCAGUGUUGGGGAAGCGAGGGAGAGCAAUCGAGCUAUCGAAGGACCACAAACCCAAUUGCACGUCAGAAAGGCAGAGGAUAGAGAGAUUGGGAGGGGUGAUAUACGACGGCUACCUAAACGGGCAGCUCUCGGUGGCUCGCGCUCUGGGAGAUUGGCACAUCAAGGGUGCGAGUGGGAAGGGGGGCAAGAGCCCACUGAGCGCGGAGCCUGAGCUAGAAGAGAUGGAGCUGACGGAAGAGGACGAGUUCUUGAUCCUGGGAUGUGAUGGAUUGUGGGACGUGAUGAGCAGCCAGUGCGCAGUGACCAUGGUGCGGAAGGAGCUUAUGCAGCACAACGAUCCCGCGAGGUGCUCCAAGGCUUUGGUUAAGGAGGCCUUACAACGCAACUCUUGCGACAACUUAACCGUUGUUGUUGUAUGUUUCUCGUCGGAUCCACCUCCCAAAAUCGAGAUCCCUAGGAUCCAUCGGAGGAGAAGCAUCUCGGCUGAGGGUUUGGAUCUUCUUAAAGGUGUCCUAAAUAACGUAUAGAAAAACAUGAACAAAUAUAACCAUAUAAUGGCGAAAUUGUUGUUUUCUAGUUGACAAGGAUGUACGAUGGUCCUCUUUGACAUACUCCAAAACACUACAUUGCUAGGUGCAAGGACUAGAAAUUUGUGACAAGUGAGUGAGUAUAAUACACAAAUUAGACAUCAAUAAAUUGUAAGAAGUUAGUGGAGUGUUAAAAAGAGAGGACUAGAACCAUACACAAUACAAUACAAAACGUAAGAGAGAGAUUGAUAUUUUUUUGGGAUUACUAUAGUGAUCAAUGCUCAUUUUCCCCCUGUAUUUUCUUGGGAGCAACAGUAGCCAUCAGUCUAUUCACCCAGCCAUACAAGUGGAGUAUUGUAGAGUUUUGAUUUCACUGAGAGUUUUUCUUUUCAAUUCUUUUGUUACCCAAAGAAAAGAGAUGAGAGUAAUGAGAUACGCUAGACGAGGGCUAGUUUUGUACCUAAUGGACUUUUAUAUGAUCAUAGAUUCACAGUAGAUACACUUGAAUCACGAUGAUAGUAAUGGGUGAACGGUGAAAAUAACCAAACCAGGAAUUCACAUUCGGUGUGAAUUCACAAUAUUUUUUUGCCCGUAUUUUUCGACGGUAAGAAACAAAUUAAAAAUAAAUAAUUCAUAAAAUUAUUGUGUAAGAUACACCAUAAACUUUACAUGUUGUCUUAAUCAUUAAGAAAUAUUUACAUAAUAUUUUUAUUUAAUUAAUACAUAAGAAUAAAUAUUCACAGAUAAACUUAAGUAUUUUCU